AUGGGCACUCGUGUCUCUGUAUUGCAUGCGAAAACCGCCUUCCUGAAAAAAUCCAAGCAUAAGAGAAGGCGUCAAUUUUCACGACCGGUGAAGGUGUUGACAGAUGCAUCCGGCCAUGACAUUUUCAGCCUUUAUAAAUUUGGAAAGGAGCUGGGGAGGGGAGAAUUUGGUGUGACAUAUGAAUGUGAGAAUAUUGAGAAUGGGGAGAAGAUGGCAUGCAAGAAGAUAUCAAAAAACAGGUUGAAGACCGCGAUUGAUGUACAAGAUGUGAGGAGGGAAGUUGAUAUCAUGAGACGUUUGCCCUGUCAUCCAAAUAUUGUAUCAUAUAAAGAGGUUUUUGAGGAUAAAGAGGCUAUUUAUUUGGUGAUGGAGCUUUGUGCGGGUGGUGAGCUCUUUGAUAGGAUUGUUGCAAGAGGACAUUAUAGCGAAAGAGGUGCGGCUCUUGUCACAAAAACCAUGCUCGAAGUUGUCAAGGUAUGCCAUGAACAUGGUGUGAUGCAUAGGGACUUGAAGCCUGAAAACUUUUUAUAUGCAAAUCAAGAUGAAAAUGCUCCUUUAAAAGCAAUUGAUUUUGGCCUCUCUAUAUUUUUCGAACCUGGUCAGUUGUUUAGGGAAAUUGUGGGAAGCCCAUAUUACAUGGCGCCUGAAGUUCUUCGAAGAAAUUAUGGAGCGGAAGUAGAUAUUUGGAGUUCGGGUGUUAUUCUUUAUAUUUUGUUAUGUGGUGUUCCUCCAUUCUGGGCAGAAACCGAACAAGGAAUUGCACAGGCAAUUGUUAAGGGUAAACUAACUUUUAUAAGGCAACCCUGGCCUAAGGUUUCCGAGGAUGCAAAACAACUUGUCAAGGGUAUGCUUGAUCCAAAUCCCUAUAGCCGGAUGACCAUUGAAGAAGUUCUAGGACACCGAUGGAUCAAGAAUGCCAAUAAAGUUUCAGAUAUUCCUCUCGGGGACGAUGUCAAAACAAGAAUCAAACAGUUUUCAUUAAUGAACAAAUUCAAGAAGAACGUUUUAGGAGCCGUAGCUGCAACCUUGCCUGACGAACAAGUACAAGAUAUAAAAGAGAAGUUUUAUGCGUGGGAUACCGACAAGAAUGGAGAUCUGACACUUGAAGAAUUAAAAUCUGGUCUAAUAAACAAUGGCCAUGAUGUUUCUAAUAUUGAUGUUCAGUCGCUAAUGGAAGCUGCUGACCUUGAUGGGAAUGGAACGUUAAACAUUGAUGAGUUUGUGACAAUUGCGGUGCACGUACAAAGGAUGAGCAGUGAAGAACACUUGAAACAAGCAUUCAACAUGUUUGAUAAGAACCAAAGUGGGUACAUAGAGUUUGAAGAGUUGAGAGAAAUUUUGUUUGAGAAACAUCAAGAACCCAAUAGUGAUCAAGUGGCACAUGACAUCAUAUUCGAUGCUGAUUUAGAUAAGGACGGUCGGAUCAGCUAUUCAGAAUUUGCAGCAAUGAUGAAAACAGGCAUGGACUGGAAGAUGGCGUCACGGCAGUACUCGAGAGUAAUGCUUAAUGCACUUAGCAAAAAAAUCUUGAAGGAAAACCCCACUACCAAAGGAAAAUAG